AUGCUGGCCACGGAUUUGCCCGGCGUGGUCGAUCCGGAGCUGCGACGAAAACACAGCGAACUCACGAAUUUGGGUUCAGAAAGUUUGGACUUGUGUGAGCUUUUUCAAGUGGAAGAAUUCGGGCACUUCGACCUCAUCGUUUCAUCGGAGGGCGUGUUGCAGAGCCCUUGUGGUGCCCAAGCUCUUCUCCGGCUAUCCACGAAGGGGACCGAGCUGCACCUCACCCUUCGGGGCGACGCCGCAGAGGUACAGCAGCAGAGGUUCUUGCUGCGUAAUGCGUUUGUGGAGAAGACCAGAGUGGACCUUCAAAAAGCAGGCAAAGUCGAACCGACUUACCCUCCGCGUCCACCUUUGGAAUACGUAGUUUGGAUUCGCAUUGCAGGCCCGCGCACCUGUUGGGAUGAGGAGUUUGGCGCUGGCUGCUGCGAGCAUUCAGCAGAUGCUUGUUUUGACGGGACAUAUACCCGGCUUGAAUGUUGCGGAGGAAGCGAACUCAAACAAAGCUUUGGUUGA